CAUACUAAACCAACGAAGAGGGGCCGAAGAAGAAAUAGCGGAAGUGCUCAUUUGUUGUCAUCAUGGCGCCUCCUGUGUAAUUCUUGGUGUAAACUAUCUGCUGAAUUUAACUAUACCGUUUAAACGAUUUUUUACAAAGGUUGAAUUCACUGAUUCUGCGACUCCCAGAGAACACAAUGAGCACCCAGUACAGCAUCCUGUUCAAGCAAGAACAUGCGCAUGACGAUGCAAUCUGGACGGCGGCAUGGGGCCGUAGCGAGGCGGACAGCACAGAUACCAUCGUCACCGGCUCUCUGGACGACAUGGUGAAGGUGUGGAAGUGGUCGGACGAGAAGCUGGAGCUCCAGUGGAACCUGGAGGGCCACCAGCUGGGCGUGGUCUCGGUGGACAUCAGCCACGACGGGGCCAUCGCCGCCUCCAGCUCCCUCGACGCCCACAUCCGCCUCUGGGAUCUGGACUCUGGCAAGCAGAUCAAGUCCAUGGACGCAGGCCCCGUCGACGCGUGGUCUGUGGCCUUCUCCCCGGACUCGAAACACAUUGCCACGGGCAGCCACCAUGGCAAGGUUAACAUCUUCGGAGUGGAGAGCGGCAAAAAAGAGUACUCGCUGGACACCAGGGGAAAGUUUAUCCUCAGCAUCGCUUACAGCCCAGAUGGAAAAUACCUGGCCAGUGGAGCCAUAGAUGGAAUCAUCAACAUCUUCGACAUCGCUACUGGCAAACUACUCCAUACGCUGGAAGGUCAUGCCAUGCCCAUCAGAUCUCUCACCUUCUCCCCGGACUCCCAGCUGCUCGUCACCGCCUCCGAUGACGGAUACAUAAAGAUCUAUGACGUACAACACGCCAACCUGGCAGGCACUCUCAGUGGCCACGCCUCCUGGGUCCUCAGCGUGGCCUUCUCCCCCGACCACGCCCACUUUGUCUCCAGCUCGUCGGAUAAGAGUGUGAAGGUUUGGGACACAAACUCCAGAGUGUGUGUCAACACUUUCUUCGACCAUCAAGACCAGGUUUGGAGCGUCAAGUACAACAACACAGGCUCUAAGAUCAUCUCUGCAGGAGACGACCGCGCCAUCCACAUCUACGACUGCCCCAUGUGAACGGAGGGGGACCCAUAGAAAAGCAAAACGCAUGGCUUAUUUGGUAAAUCGAAACAAACUGAAUUAUGGGGGGGGGGUUGAUGGUUGUUAAGGAAGGUUGUAAAGCUAUUUUUCACUGGCCUGCUUUGGUCAAAUAAAACUUUUUUUUUCUAUU